GCGCAGGAGGCGAGCUGCAGAACAUGUAAGGGCACAUCCCGCGAGCUGCGGCCCAGUGCGCAGACCCAGCCCGGGGAACGAGUGAGCGGGCGUGCGGGCGGCAGGGCACCCGGCAGAGGCGCGAGGGCGGCCGGACCGGAGCGGAGCAUCCUGAGCUGCAGCAGCCGGAGGCAGGCGGGGAACAUCCGCACGCACUGCCGGGGCGCCGCGGUCGGGAAAGCGCACCGCGUGGUGGGCUCAGGUGGGCCGGGCGCAAGGCCACUGGCCGCGGGCGCCAGCAUCCCGCGUUGCAGAGCCGGGACCCACACGCCCACCGCAGUCCCCUGCAGUCGCGGGACCUCGGGGCGCCCAUGACGGCGGCGGCGACGGUGCUCAAGGAGGGCGUGCUGGAGAAGCGCAGCGGCGGGCUGCUGCAGCUGUGGAAGAGGAAGCGCUGCGUGCUCACGGAGCGCGGGCUGCAGCUCUUCGAGGCCAAGGGUACGGGCGGCCGGCCCAAGGAGCUCAGCUUCGCCCGCAUCAAGGCCGUGGAGUGCGUGGAGAGCACUGGACGCCACAUCUACUUCACGCUAGUGACCGAGGGCGGCGGUGAGAUCGACUUCCGCUGUCCCCUGGAAGACCCGGGUUGGAACGCGCAGAUCACUCUGGGCCUGGUUAAGUUCAAGAACCAACAGGCCAUCCAGACAGUGCGCGCCCGGCAGAGUCUCGGGACUGGGACCCUCGUGUCCUAAGCCACCAGGCAUACCAUUUUAACCACAUGUCCCCCACUGCCGUGCCCAGAGGACAUGUCAGCUUCCUUGCCCACUUUGGUUGGUGGGGACCUGACUACAUGUGGUGAGACAGAAGCUGUGGACAUGUGGAAGAGGCAUCCGCAUGGAAGGCACUAAUGGGCCGAGGGAGGAGGGCAAAGCCAAUAAGGGGCUGAGGAUGAAGAUUCAGCUCCCAGACACUGAGACUGCUAAAUCCAGCUCAGAGCUUUGAACCACAGGCCUGGCCUCAGGUAUCAUGAUGGAGAACACUCCUGGUUACCUGGCAUCUAAGCCCUGCCCUCUGGUCCUGUCCUGGUUCUGGGUUCUGCAGACUGCUGUAUAGUUCCUGGCUUUGAGACAUUGCUCAGAGGAGGGCAGUCCGCCAUGGGGUGCUAAGCUGGUGCCUCAGGACACAGGAAGCCAACCUGGAUCCAGAAGACAACCACCUUACCUUUGAACAGCCUCUCUGGACUCACCUGCAGAGGAGGAACUGCUGGGCUUGAGGCCGACGCCUGGGGGUCUCAUGCUGCUUAGGUCCUUUUGGGACCCCCCUACCCAUCCAUGUCCUCUCUUUGCACA